AUGACAAUCGAUGUUUACGUGACUUCCAUACGCCAGCAAUUGACGAUUUUGCUUAAACGGUGCGUUUUGCAUCAUCCUACCCUACUUCCUUCGCUGGACGAGUACUCCUUUCUUGCGCGUGUCAUCAUCGAUUGUGCGCUGCGAGCACAGAAGAAACGUUUUCCGGGUGUUUCCGUUCGCAAGCGACCUCCCACCCCGUGGUGGGAUAAGGAAUGCACCGACGCGAACAGCGAGAAGUCCACCGCGUUUAAACGCUUCCGCAAACACGAUCUCACCAGUUGUGGCAUCCAACAGAACCACCCAAUCGAUGGUCAUAAAUCACUGCCCCUGGAGGGCAGCAGUACGUCCCAUCAGUUUAAAGCGUACGUGGCAGCGGCGUCCGGAGGUAGUCAGCAGUCAUCAUCGCCAACGGCCAACGGGGUGCCCCAGUCAACCGGCGUGGGAAUCGGUUCGUCCGUUAAAUGGGACGAACCGUACUUUGACGAUACGACGCCACACAACGUGACGGCUCUGGUCGGCAAGUCAGCGUACCUCAGCUGCCGGGUGAAGAAUCUAGGCAAUAAAACGGUAUCCUGGAUACGGCACCGAGAUAUCCACAUUCUGACCGUCGGGAGCUACACCUACACUUCGGACCAGCGCUUCCAGGCGACGCAUCACAAAAACACCGACGACUGGACGCUGCAGAUCAAGUGGGCCCAGAAGCGGGACGCCGGCAUCUAUGAGUGCCAGAUUUCGACGCAGCCGGUGCGCAGCUAUUUCGUUACGCUGAGCGUUGUCGUUCCCACGGCGACCAUUAUCGGUGGUCCGGAUCUGCACGUCGACAAGGGCAGCACCAUCAACCUGACCUGUGCCGUAAAGUACAGCCCCGAGCCACCGGCGUACAUUUUCUGGUACCACCACGAUGAAGUCAUCAGCUACGACUCGAGCCGCGGUGGCGUUUCGGUUAUCACCGAGAAGGGCGAUGUGACCACUUCCCACCUGCUGAUUCAGAAUGCCGACCUAGACGAUUCGGGCAAGUACAGCUGCUCGCCGUCAAAUGCGGAUGUGGCUAGCGUUCGGGUGCACGUGCUAAACGUUCGGGCGGUUCUUUCAGGUGAACAUCCGGAGGCCAUGCAAACCGGAACUGCAUCGUUCACCCGUGGCAAUCCACCGUGGCGCCUGCUGACGGCUGCUUUUGCAUCCGUACUGGCCAGUUGGUUACUUCUGCUUCGAUGGCAAAUAAUAGACCGGUGCUUCUUUCCAUCGUCAUCAACUAUUGUUGGUGGCGAAGGCUACAACGCGCUAGGACUAUCGUCUCCAAGCAAUCGUUUGUCUCCACACCGCAGCCCAUCGACUACAUCGGCACGGCAGCUUAAACAACGGAAUGCCGUUGAUAACACCUGUCCAAUCGAGUGCCGGUGCAGCGGGAGAUGAUAGACCAUUGUUGCUACCAUCCAUUCACUACCAUCACCACAAGAAGCACCCCACCAGCAGUGCAAUCGGCCACUAGUAGACAAACUAACGGAAACAACGUAAGUGUUGAGUCACAAGUUUGACAAAGGAAUCGGGGGAGAAAUAGUGUAAUAAGAGAACAAAAACAAAAAAAAAAUAUGCAGAAACAGCGCCAUCCUCCUGUGAAGCGUAAUGGACUGUUGCAUGUGCAAUCAGAACAGACUCGAGUAGCCGAGUGUUUGCGUUCGAUGGUAGGAAAGAAAAAUGUUUACUUUUUCCCGCUGUCGAAUCCAUCCGAUGGGGAUGAAAAGAAUCGGUGUGAUACUUUAUACGAGAAGAGAAACGGCGACGGUUUGUAUUCAUCGGUUCUGAGUUAUGCAAUGAAAGCACGAGGAGUCUCGUAAAACGAUCCAAGUGCAGCGAGUCGUGUGCUAAAGCGUGUAUCUAGAAUAGGAAUCCAAUGAAUUUUAUUUCCCGCAUAGCGUCACGGAUUGGUAUGAGUGAAUUUAUAGUGCUCGGAAGCAACGGAGACGAGAAGUGCACUACUUUUAUGAUCAUAAGAAAAUAAAUAACUUUUACUUCACCUCAAACAGUAUAAGCCAGCAGCAACGAAAAAUUAGAACAUGCCUUGGAUCACUCAGAUCAGCAAUUUUAUAUGAAAAGACUCAAAUCGAC